AUGACGACGAUGCACCAGUUGCCGGCGGCUACGAGCCAGCCAGCUCUCCUACUGGACGGUGAACUUUCCCCAUUGGCUUCCCCGUCUUGCACCCCUCUAUCCAUGCCCGAAAGAGGAGAGUCCUCACGGAAAUCUCGACGACGCGGCGGUUCACGGAUGUUGUCUGUACUGAGAUCAUUGACUAACAGCCCUUCUGGAAACUCCAUCAGGGAGCCUGCAACAUGGCCGGCACCUUCACCCACCGAAAGAUCACCUGGGCCACGCCGGCGUUUUGGGAAGUUAUCCAUGCCGUUUCUCCGAAGCCCUUUCGGUGCCUCCGUCACCGUCAUACAUCGGUUUAGAUCUAAAUCGAGACAGUCUUACACGUCUAUGGAGAAGAUUCCCAACGAACAACUUCCCGAUAUUUCUCCUGAACAAAUUGUCUCUUCCGCUUCCAACGGAAAUUCGUACAGCAAUAGUAAUACGACUUCCAGCGGCAAGUCAUCUGGUCCGACAAAUGGCACCGGUGGAACUGGUGGAACAGGCACCACCGGGAAAACAUCCCUUGAAUCCAAAGUAGAGUGCAAUCCAGGAGACAAGAAAACUACCAAAGUGAUUCGUGAGAGGGAACCAGAGGCCACCGCAACCGCCGAGCCGAACCUCAGUCCAAUUCAGGAGACAGCUCUCGAUCUAUCGUCACCGACUAUUUUAACUGUAGAACGGGCUGCAGCUGCGAAGAUUUACCUCGAGAAUUACUAUAACGAAAAACUCUCCAAGCCCAGCCCACAUACUCUUCGGCGUCGUUACUUAGAAGGAGAGCUAUACCAUUCAUCUGGCCUUACAGAAGCUGAAAAGGACACCAGGCGCCGCGCGUUUUAUAAAAGAGAGACAGACCAUCUACGGAAAAUGCGAGUCCUGGAUGCGAAAAGUAUCGGUGCGGUACAAGGCAAACAUAACCAACUCGCCGGUAACUACGAAGUCCUCAAGAUUCUCGGCAAGGGGAGCUUUGGCGUUGUUAGGCUUGUCCGUGAGAAGGACCGCCCAGGUGAUUUCGGACAUGACAUGCGACUGAAGAAGCCGGUAUACGCCAUGAAAGUGAUACGCAAGUCAGCAAUGCUAAGAACGAGCCAAGAGGCCCAUUUGCGUGCGGAGAGGGAUUUUCUAGUUGCUGCUGAAGGCUCCAAAUGGGUCGUGCCGUUGGUCACUAGCUUUCAAGAUGCCGCCAACCUCUACUUAGUGAUGGAUUAUAUGCCUGGUGGUGACUUUCUAGGCCUUCUCAUCCGAGAAAACGUCCUCACCGAACCAGUUGCCAAAUUUUACAUUGCUGAGAUGAUUUUAUGCAUUGAGGAGGCACACUCAUUGCGUUGUAUCCACCGUGAUAUAAAACCGGACAAUUUUCUCAUCUCUGCGUCUGGGCAUCUAAAGAUAUCGGAUUUUGGUCUGGCUUUUGAUGGCCACUGGUCCCACGACACUAAUUAUUACCAUACGCAGCGAUAUAGCUUACUGCAGAAGUUCAACAUACCGGUAGAAGGGGACGCUAUCGACCGUGCCGAAGGAUUACAAGGCUCAGUUAAAUGGGCUCAAAGCGUGGCCCAGGCGAUGCAGAAACAUGAACGUCAUGCGUCGUAUCCCACUCCUCCACCAUCGCCCUUGGCGUAUGAGCCGCUCUUGAACUGGCGUAACCGGUGUGGUAAUCGUAGCGCGGCGAGGUCUUGCUGGAGUGUCGGCGUCAUUCUGUACGAGUGUUUAUACGGCCACACUCCAUUCUUGUCGGAAGAAGGAGGCCGUCAGCAGACGAAGCGCAAUAUUGUCAAUCACAAGCAGACAUUCGCCUUUCCGCCCCGCCCUGUGAUUUCGAGACGGUGUAUGGAUCUUAUCGUCAACUUAAUCUGUAAGAAAGAAAACCGCCUUUCAUCAAGGCGGUAUCGUUACCGGGACACAAACCCCGAGCCUCUAGGCAGAAGUCGCCACCACCGUGGAUAUCAAGACUGGACGGGAAGGUCCGUAUACCCCCACGAUGGAGAGGAUAUCAAAGCACAUAAAUGGUUCCGCGAUAUACCCUGGGACCGGCUGCAGCACAUCCCUCCGCCAUUCAUCCCGCAGCUUUCGGGCUGCGAGGAUACGCACUACUUCGACGAAGAGGAGCCCAUAUCUGACUGGUCCGAGUCUCAACCCGAAGCAAGCUCCGAGAACGAAGGGCUGACUCCGAAUCCCUUGAUCGCAUACGCUACUGUAAACGGAUUUCCUACGACUCCGCCCCCUCGCAUGGUACCUUAUCGAAGCCCCGAGAAGGUAGCCGUCAUACAAGCACAGAUAGCCGCGUUUCCACGCAACGUCCGCGGCGCCAUCGCGAAAUUCGUAUCGUUGCCGUACGACUCAGCCAAGCUCAAGCGCAUGGACCGGGAAAUCGAAGUCAUGGUUCCGGAUGUGGAGCUCUGUGCCGAGAUGAAGGCGUUUAUACGAACGUAUGGGCGUCGCGAGCGAAAGCGGCCUCGAGAUAGGCUGCUAAGGGAUAAAAUUACAAAGGGACCCGUGCUAGAAGUGCGCAAGCAGACCGCGUUUAUGGGAUACACGUACCGCCGCAUAGGGGGGCGGUAUUAUCCCCCUGGAACCGUCGACUGGGGUGCUCUUAGAGAGAGGAGUGAUGGUGGCAGAGGGAAGGGUAAGGGGUCGUUGUCGAGCAGUGGCACCGAAUUGGCUGCUUAUCGCGCCUGGUGUCAGGGACGAGCUGGCUGA